GCCGCCGCUGCCGGUAACGCGCAGCUGGUCUUGAACGUCCCCCCGGUCCUCAUUGUGCAGCCGAGGAAGUGUCGGAAGGUUCCGCCGACGUCGGUAUGAAAUGGCAGAAACUGCCCGUGUCACGGAAGCUCAACGAUUAGACUACGCUAAAAACACACAUGGAUUUUGCGGAGACCCCGGCCUGUUAGUUUAAGGGCCACAGGAGUGUGCCCGAAGAAGGAAUUCAGAGUUGUUGGCUUCUCCGACGGCCAGUGGACGGCGUCUGCGGGCGGAAAGUGUUGUAAUUAUCCGGACAGGGGUGUUGAGCCUAAACCCCCCACUUGGAUGCGCAUUCCCACAUUGUCCAAGGUUAAACCAUGAACCGGAAUAAGCGUGAGAAAGAGUACUACAGUAUAGAUGUGGGAGACUCAACUUUUAUGGUUUUAAAGCGUUACCAGAACCUCAGACCCAUCGGAUCCGGAGCACAGGGAAUUGUCUGUUCAGCUUACGACCACAACUUGGAAAGGAACGUCGCCAUCAAGAAGCUGAGCCGACCCUUUCAGAAUCAAACUCAUGCGAAACGAGCCUACAGAGAACUAGUGCUGAUGAAAUGUGUCAACCACAAGAAUAUAAUCGGCCUAUUACAUGUAUUCACACCUCAGAAGACACUGGAGGAGUUCCAAGAUGUAUAUCUAGUGAUGGAGUUGAUGGAUGCCAACCUCUGCCAGGUGAUUCAGAUGGAACUGGAUCACGAGAGGCUGUCCUACUUACUUUACCAGAUGCUGUGUGGAAUCAAACACUUGCAUGCAGCUGGAAUCAUACAUAGGGAUCUAAAGCCAAGUAACAUAGUGGUCAAAUCUGACUGCACACUAAAGAUCCUGGACUUUGGCCUAGCCAGGACAGCUGCCACCGGCCUCCUGAUGACGCCCUACGUGGUCACCCGCUACUAUCGUGCCCCUGAAGUCAUCCUGGGCAUGGGCUACCAGGCUAACGUGGAUAUAUGGGCUGUGGGAUGCAUUAUGGCAGAAAUGGUACGCCACAAAAUCCUUUUUCCGGGAAGGGAUUAUAUUGAUCAAUGGAAUAAGGUCAUUGAACAGUUGGGGACGCCGUCUCAGGAAUUCUUGAUGAAACUCAACCAGUCGGUGAGGACCUACGUGGAGAAUCGACCACGCUACGUAGGCUACAGCUUUGAGAAGCUCUUCCCGGAUGUUCUGUUUCCCGCAGAUUCCGAACACAACAAACUGAAAGCAAGUCAAGCAAGAGACCUGCUGUCAAAGAUGCUGGUUAUAGACGCAUCCAAGCGGAUUUCGGUAGACGAAGCUCUCCAGCAUCCUUACAUCAACGUCUGGUAUGAUCCUACUGAAGUGGAGGCGGUAAGGAUGGAAGGAGUCUCUCUGCAUCAUUCAGAUGAAAAAAAUGUGUUUUCAAUAUUAAUUUCACAUAUUUUUGUUUCUUCACAGCCGCCACCUGCUAUUACAGACAAGCAACUGGAUGAGCGAGAGCACACGGUGGACGAGUGGAAAGAGUUGAUCUACAAAGAAGUGUUGGACUGGGAGGAAAGGACAAAGAAUGGUGUCGUUAAAGGACAGCCAGCAUCCAUUGCACAGGUGCAGCAGUGAUCAGCGAUGCCCUGCAGCAGCACCACCAGCACCCCACCCCCGCACGCUCCUCUCCCUGUGUUGCCUCCACGGACCCAGAAACGGGCGAUGGGGCGCCGGGCCCCUGCAGAUAAUACCCAUGCAGGCCCCGCCCCUUCCCGGACCUCACCUCCAUUCUGUAAAAGACUUUUUGAAGCCACUUCAACGAUUUGGUCUGAAAAGGUAAGAAGGCGAGUUUUAAAAUGCUGUCCUGUAAACGUCAUGUGACUUUCUACCUAUGUUGAAUCCUUUCAUUGACAUGUUUAUGAGGACCAGACGGACCUAAACAGGUGCAAGUGUUGCAUGUGUCGCUAGUGAGCGUUAAAAAGCUUUUAAGGACGUAAAGUGAGUUUUGGUUGUGGAUGAGAAAGUGAUUGAAGAACAUCAUCCUGGUAUUAGUAACUUAACACUGGCUUCAUGGCGCCCCCAAAAAACGGAACCUCAGCCUUUUGGUUUUGAAGCCUGCAGUUGAAAAGAAGCCGCAUGUCAACUAAACAGCAGCACAAAAAUAAGAUUAAAAUGAAAAUAAUAUGCAAUAAUGUCCUUUUGAGUUUUUGUAAUCUAAGAGAAGUGCCUGUUGUGCUGCAACACGUCUUUCAUGUUGCUUUUAAUGGACAGAUUUAAACAACCAACAACUGUGGCAUGGAGAACACUAGCUUUUUUUUUUUAAACUCAAGUUUGACCCUUAAGGGACACUAUCAGUGUCAGACAAGGCAAGUUCAUCCAGGUCUUUCAUCAAAGUGACCCUCAAAUAACUCACUAAAUCUAAAUUUUUCUGCUGAAUACGACACUUGAUGAUCACAAAUGAAUGACGGAGAAAGCUGACAUGUUUGUGUAGUCGGAUAAAAAUCAAGUCAAGUCAAACAACACUGCAACAUAAAGUUUAUAGCAGUUUUUUGUAUUGGUCAUGAUGCUUUUUGUUUGUCUGCCUGCUGGGGUAAUUAAUUAUGUACUUAAAUAAAACAACGUGUAUUCUUUUCAGUUUGCAGCAAACAUGCUUUUAGUGUAAUUGUCUGUUCCGUCUUUGUAGAUUUAUUAUGUAAUUUAUGUCCAACAUCGUCAACAUGGCAACAACUACUGUAUUAAUAUUAUUAUUAUUAUUAUUGAUCUUUUAAGAACAACAAUCUCACUUAGUUUGGGUUGCACCAGCCAACUUAUUAAUAUCGCUUUAUUGCUUUCACUGUGAUAAGUCAUGUGAUCACUAGUAGCCAAUGGCAACCCCUCGUGUCAAAACAGAAAUCAUUUCUAAAAUUGCAUCAGUCCAGAAAGAUUAGGAGAAACAAACUGGUAUAAAAUUGGAGUUAAGCUAUAGUUAACAAAACAUAUUUUGCAACCAAAUACAUCCAAUUUAAGUUUCAAGUUUAAUUUAUUCAGACAUUUAAACAUUUGACAGAUAAAGGGAAUACACAUUUUGUUAAUGUAUUUUCUCGACUAUAAGCUGCACCCACCAAAUUUUACAAGAAAAAAACAUUUUACCAUAUUAGCUGCACCGGACUAUAAGCCACAUAUAUAUACCAGUACGCUGUGAAAUAAGCUAUUUACAUAGAAAAAUGUUUUACACGUAACACGGCAGUAAAACGGCUGAUCAAACAAAACAGAAAAGUCAUUGUCUUUAAUAUGUUUGAGGAUUCUUCUUCCUCGUACUUUGUAAAACCUUUCAGUUUAAACAGUUUCUUAAAGUGGAUGAUUUUAGUACAUUUGUUUGAUUUCUUCGCUUAAUCAAUUCCAUAAUUUAGCAGUUAGCGUACAAAAAUCCAUAAAUUAGCCGCAUUGUUCAAAAGUUGGGGGAAAAAGUAGCAGCCUUCUUGUCCAAUUUUUCAAUAAAGAAUAAUCAUAAGAGAGGUUUCUACUGUUGUUCUUUUUUAUUUUACCUAGAUUUAUAUACAAAUCUACAUAAAGAGCAACCAAUGCAAAGUCAAAAGCAACAUUUAAAACAAAAUAAAAAUACAAUAAAAAUGUUUUCCCCUUCAUAAUUAAAACUUAAAACAUUUUUGAGGAUGAAAAGGGGCACAAAUUGUAAAAAAAAACAACCCUCCAAUUAACUAUUGGCAAAAAAAAAGAAAAAAUAUAGUUUAGUGACUUGUCUGUUUUUGGAAAGUAAAACUAAACAGCCAUUUAGAAGCCACUGAAUUGUGUUUUUCUAUUUUGAUUAAAAAAAAAAACAUUAAGUAGAGAUUAAUAUGAAUAUACAUAUGAAUAUAUAAAUAUGAAUUGAUAUGAAAAUGUUAAAUGUUUUUAGAUGACAAUAUAUUGAUUUAAAAUAUUUAUUUUCAGAUGAAAAUAGAAAAUAGCCAAUGGAAAGCAUGAAUUUCCACAGGUAAAAUAAUGUAAACAAUGGAAAGGUUAUGUCAUGUAUUAGCAGGUCGUCACUUUUAUAUUCAUAGUUUAAUUUAUUGUACGUUUCAGUAAGUUUGUGAGGUGCAACCCAACAUAAGGUAGAAUUGUGCACAUUUACACAUAAUCAUCAUAAUCAUUAUGCUGUAUUAGCAAAGUUUACUCAGUUGUUUGGAUUUUCCAUGUGAAGCAAGGCAGCAAUCACGUUUAUAUUAACUCAAAACAAUCAAAACUUUGUUUUUAAGUGCUCUUAAUUUUCAACCGUUUGCAGCUUUUAAAAGGAAACAUCAUUGCUUUGUUAUCACGGACGAAUGAUGUCUUCGUUAAUUAAAAAACAGUCCGCUUUGAUGAACUACCUCCCGUGAAUUUCUGCCACACGGUGAUGUCACCACGAGACAUGUGAAUAUCAGAUUGCAUUAUUUAUUUAUUUGACAAAAAGAGAAGAAAGGUGUUUCAGAUUUGUACAUAAUGUAAAGUUGACCUGGAAGUGAGAGGAGAAGAAGCCUUCUGUUUUUUGUUGUUUUCCAACUUGAAAUGUGCAAUACCUUCAGCAAAAUGUGCUCUCUUAGCGCCUCCUGGAGGUAAACAAAGUGUUGGUACUUACUGUCAAUCCUUUUUCCUCUUUCAUUCAUCAAUCAAUAAGAUCACGUUUUGUUCUCUUUGUCCUGAUAUUUCUGUGUAAUGUGUCAACUUGGCUGACAGAUUUCUAGGCUGUGGUAAGACCAAUAAUGUUAAUAAUAAUAAUAGUCCAUACGAGUCAUAUCAUAUUGUAUGGUGCUGGUUUGUGCACUACUAGAAAACAUGAUGCCUCCUUACAGUAAAAUACAUGAGAACAAAAUCAAACUGUGUACUACAAAUAAAAGAAUAC